CGGGCGCGCCGGAAGUGGAGGGGCGUUUCCAACGAGCUCGGCUUCCUCAACAUGGCAGCGCCCUUGUCAGUGGAGGUGGAGUUCGGGGGCGGCGCAGAGCUCCUGUUUGACGGCGUCAAGAAGCAUCAGGUGACCUUGCCUGGACAGGAGGAGCCCUGGGACAUCCGGAACCUCCUUGUCUGGAUCAAGAAGAAUUUGCUAAAAGAGCGGCCAGAGUUGUUCAUCCAGGGAGACAGCGUGCGGCCAGGAAUUCUGGUGCUGAUUAACGAUGCCGACUGGGAGCUGCUGGGUGAGCUGGACUACCAGCUGCAGGACCAGGACAACAUCCUCUUCAUCUCCACGCUGCAUGGCGGCUGAGGACCCCUCUCUGAGCCUGGGCACCCCUCGGGGGGCAGGGAGGGAACAAGCAGAUGUCCCCUUGGGCCCUGCUUCCAGGUCUCCCUGUCACCCUUGGCUGCCUUCUUCCCUGCCCUAUCCCCCAAGCUCCCUCCAGGCAGGGAAAAGAGGCCAGGUGCUAAAAAUGAGCCUUUCUCAGGCACGUGAGCAGGGAAAGGCAGACAGGCGCCCGCGCGGAGCACUCCUCCUUCCAGCAGCUGAGGUGGGGGAGGUAUCUCUCUGGGGUGUCAGAUGUAAAACAGCCCCCACAGCCAGGUGACCGGCUGCCUCCAUUCCUGUCUCGUACACACCGAGUGCGGCUGCCAAGGCGCUCCAGCUCCUGGGCUGCAGUGGCUUCCUGGGGAAGAUGAAUGGACCUGGAUGGCUGAUGGGAGGCCCCUCCCUUCUCAAAGAUUGGAGGAGUCUCCGCCUCAGUUUCCCCAUCUGGACAGCCGAGGACUCUGCCUGUUCCCCACUGGUGUCAUUAUGGAACCCCAGCUGGGGUCCCCUAUUCAGUGCUAACCCCUCCCCCCCACCCAGCAGCUGCUCUCCCAGGCAGAUCCCUCCUCCUGCUCCCCCCACCCCCAGCCCUUGACCCUGGCUGGCCUCCCCCCUACACAUAGGCCACCAGAUGGGCUCCUGAGACUCUCCCCAGGCUCCCUACAGCUCAUUCUGCUGCGGCUGGAAAGGGGGAGGGAGCCUGACCUUGGCCUGACAGACAGGGGCUGGACUGGGGAGAGCUUCCUUUUAACAACUGAUACUUGUAGCAUUUGAAAGCUGGGAGAUGCUUGAUGGCACAGAUGUAGACCUUAUCUCCCCUCUCACCCUCUGUGGGGAGCAGGCAGCACCUGGUAGGCAGUGUUCUGCCCUUCCUCCCUCCAUCCCCUCUGGAAGUCUUGGAGCCUCAGUGCUUACAACAGCUGCCCUUGGGCAAAUAAAAGACUAGCCUUGCUUGGGCCACCCAUUACCCCCA